AUGCCGAAGGAAGAAGAUGAAGAGAAGAAAGCCAAGAAAGGAAAGAAGGGGAAGAAGGCCCCAGAGCCGGAGAAGCCCAAACGGAGCCUGAAGGGCACAUCUCGUCUAUUCAUGGGCUUCCGAGACCGCACACCCAAGAUCUCCAAGAAGGGCCAGUUUCGGAGUGCAUCAGCCUUCUUCUGGGGCCUCCACACCGGCCCCCAAAAGACCAAACGCAAGAAGAAGGCCCGCACUGUGCUUAAGUCCACUUCCAAGCUCAUGACACAGAUGCGCAUGGGCAAGAAGAAGCGGGCGAUGAAGGGCAAGAAGCCCUCCUUCAUGGUCAUCCGAUUUCCAGGCCGGCGUGGCUAUGGCCGCCUCCGGCCCCGGGCCCGGUCACUCAGCAAGGCAUCCACGGCCAUCAACUGGCUCACCAAGAAGUUUCUCCUCAAGAAGGCUGAAGAGUCGGGUAGCGAGCGAGCCACAGUAGAUGCCUGGCUCCAGCGUUCAGGCUCUCACAUGGGUUCUCAAAAGCUCCCCUUCCCAUCAGGAGCAGAGAUCCUGCGGCACGGAGGCCGGCUCCGCAGGUUUCCUCGCAGCCAUAGCAUCUAUUCCUCUGGGGAACCCGUGGGCUUCUUGCCCUUUGAGGAUGAGGCACCAUUCCAGCACUCGGGCUCCCGCAAGUCACUGUACGGGCUUGAGGGCUUCCAGGACCUGGGCGAAUACUACGAUUACCAUCGUGAGGGGGAUGACUACUAUGACCAGCAGUCACUGUACCACUAUGAGGAGCAGGAGCCCUACCUGCAUGGCUACGGCCCCUACAGCCCGGCCUGGCCACCCUAUCACGACCACCACUAUGGGUAUCCACCUGAAGACCCCUACGACUACUACCACCCUGACUACUAUGGUAGCUCCUUCUACCCCGGCUACGGCUAUGGCUACGGCGAUUAUGAGCCCCCCUAUGCACCCCCAUCGAGAUAUUCAUCUCCUUACAGCUACCAUGACACAUUUGAGGGUGAGGCCUACCCAUACAACUACUACCUGGAUCCCUAUGUACCUUAUGAUCCACAGUACCCACCCUAUGACUUGCCAUAUGAUGCUCCCUACAACGCACCCUACUUCGAUCCCUAUGGGGUCCCCUACACCGUCCCCUAUGCUGAAGGCAUCUAUGGUGGUGGAGAUGACGCCAUCUAUCCUCCUGAAGCACCAUAUCUUUAUCCAGAAGAGUCAGCCUUCAUGUAUCCCUGGGUGCCACCACCCAUCCUAUCACCCCACAAUCCGUAUGCCCACCCCAUGGAUGACAUCACAGAGCUGGAAGAGCCGGAAGAGGCCAGUGGGGAGCGGCAGAGCACCUCCUUCCGUUUGCCCAGCGCUGCCUUCUUCGAGCAGCAAGGUAUGGACAAGCCCGCCAGGUCCAAGCUGUCGCUCAUCCGCAAGUUCCGCCUCUUCCCACGGCCUCAGGUGAAGCUAUUUGGGAAGGAGAAACUGGAUGUGCCCUUACCUCCCUCCCUGGACAUUCCACUGCCCUUAGGAGACGCAGAGGAAGAGGAGGAAGAGGAGGAGAUGCGCCGGGUGCCUACGGUGCCCUAUGCCUAUCCUUACUGGGGCUUCCUCUCACCACGCCAGCGAAACCUCCAACGAGCCCUGUCGGCCUUCGGUGCCCACCGCAACAUGGGCUUAGGCCCUGAACUUAGCCACUCCCCACCCCGCCCAGCCACCUCAUUGGCACGGUUUCUUAAAAAGACCCUGUCAGAAAAGAAGCCCAUUCCUCGACUCAGAGGCAGUCAGAAGGCCCGAGCAGGAGGUCCUGCAGUCCGGGAGGCCGCCUACAAACGCUUUGGCUACAAGCUGGCUGGCAUGGAUCCCGACCGGCCCAACACGCCCAUCGUGCUGAGACGGACGCAGCCACGAGCUUGCAACAACAACAACUCUCACCACCCGCCCUCGCCCAGGCCAACACGUCGGACCCUGGCCCACUGGAGUGCACUUGUCUCCCCUCCGCUGCCCAGACGAACCCCCAGCCCUGGCACACCACCGCCUGCCCCACCAUUCUCUCCCACCCUCUCUGGGCUGCCCCGGCCAGUCUCUCCCUACGGGUCUCUUCGACGGCACCCCCCACCCUGGGCUGCACCAUCUCAUGUGCCCCUGACACCCCAGGCAAAUUGGUGGGCCUUUGUGGAGCCUCCUCCCGUGAGACCAGAGGUGCCCCCUGACCUGCUUGCUUACCCUGCACCCCGGCCCUCAUUCAGGGGUUCCCGCCGCCGCCGAAGGGCAUCCUUUGGCUUCCCUGGGGCCUCCCCACUGGCAUCUAGGAGGCGGGCCUGGACCCCCCUGCCCUCACCCCAGCCUUCACUGAGAAGCCUACCAGGCCCAGGCUACCGCUCACCCUUGGGGCCCCCGUCCCCUCAGCUGUCCCUCCGAAGGGGCCCCUUCCAGCCACCCUUCCCACCCCGUCCUCGACAGCCUCGAUCACUGCGGGAGCCCCUGGUGCCACACCGAUCCUCUGGACGCUCAGGCCCACCCCGCUCCCCAGUGCUAGGUUCUCCUCGGCCACCCUCACCACCCCCGAUGCUGGCUCCCGGCCCCCGGCACCGGUCUCUCAACUUGCCCUCACGCCUCCCACACACGUGGCGGCACCUCAGCGAGCCGCCCACCCGGGCUGUGAAGCCACGAGUACGUGGGUCCUUCCACCCACCUGCCAGUGCCGGGUCCUGGAGAGCAGCCACAGGGCCCCGAGAACAUCAGGAGAGCCAGCGUGAACAGGAGGAUUCAGAGACACCCUGGACGGUGCCCCCACUGGCCCCCAGCUGGGAUGUGGACAUGCCUUCUACCCAGCGCCCAUCCUCUCCCCGGCCAAGAGGUGUGGGCAGCCUUCGAGGCUUUGCUAGGCCACCUCCUGUGCCAGAAAACCCCUUCUUCCAGCACCUGGGCCCUGUGCUACCUCCCACUUCCCAGCCUGAGGAUCCAGCCUCUGACUCGACCAGUGUCUUCCUGGGCAGACACCAUGAUCCAGGACCUGGACAGCUCAGCAAGUCAGCUGGCCCAAUCUCUGAGAAUCCUGAAGAAGAGGCCACACCUGGAGAUCCUCAGACAUCAGCAGAGCCAGAGCCAGAGACCCUAACACCUCCCAAGGAUGCUCCCCAAGAGCAGAAGGUAUUCAGGCGCAGCCUUUCAUACCCACUGGCCACAUGUGACCAGACAAGAGCCUUAUGGCCUCCAUGGCGUCGCUGGAAGACCCUGUCCAGAGCCCCAGCCCCCUUGGCACCCACUGGGGCCCCAGUGCCCCUGCCUAAGGCAAAUGAACAACCCCAGGCUGGCCCUGCACGAUUUGCUGUAGUUAUGCCCCAGGUACGGGGUCUGAGUUCUUUCCAGAGAGUUGGGCCUGCAGCCCUUCAGCCUCCUGAACAGCCUGCCCAGGAUCCUGAACACAACCUGGAGCCCCAAGCCUGGAGUUUGUGCCCUCCCCGCCGCUGGCUGCCAGCAUAUGCCCACCAGCACUGGCUACGAGUGCACACCCGUUCCCAGUCCCACCGCGUGAGCCUGGGAGCCACCUGCCUAUCCCUCCGGGGCCCUUGGAAACAGGCUUCCUCCAAGAGCUGGCCGAACAAGAUGCACUCCAUCCGGAAUCUGCCUUCCGUGCGGUCCCGAGAGCAGCGCAGAGAGGAUGGCGUAGAAGACAUGACCCAGCUGGAGGACCUCCAAGAGACUACUGUGCUGUCCAAUCUCAAGACCAGAUUCGAACGUAACCUCAUCUAUACAUACAUUGGCAGCAUCCUGGUGUCGGUGAACCCAUACCGAAUGUUUGGGAUCUACGGGCCAGAGCAAGUGCAACAGUACAGCGGGCGGGCCCUGGGAGAGAAUCCCCCGCACCUCUUUGCGAUUGCUAAUCUUGCCUUCGCCAAAAUGCUUGAUGCCAAACAGAACCAGUGCAUAAUCAUCAGUGGAGAGAGCGGCUCUGGCAAAACGGAGGCCACGAAGCUGAUUCUGCGCUACCUGGCUGCCAUGAACCAGAAGCGGGAUGUGAUGCAGCAGGUCCAGAUCUUGGAGGCAACACCCCUCUUGGAGUCCUUUGGUAACGCCAAAACUGUCAGAAAUGACAACUCCAGCCGCUUCGGGAAGUUCAUGGAGAUCUUUCUGGAAGGGGGCGUGAUCUCUGGUGCCAUAACCUCCCAGUACCUCCUGGAGAAGUCUAGGAUUGUGUUUCAGGCCAAAAACGAGAGGAAUUACCACAUUUUCUACGAACUGCUGGCUGGGCUACCUGCCCAGCUCCGACAGGCCUUUAGCCUCCAGGAAGCCGAGACCUACUAUUACCUGAAUCAGGGUGGGAACUGUGAGAUCUUAGGCAAGAGUGACACAGACGACUUCCGCCGCCUUCUGGCUGCUAUGGAGGUGCUGGGCUUCAGCGGUGAGGACCAGGAUAGCAUCUUCCGAAUCCUGGCCUCCAUCCUGCACCUGGGCAACGUCUACUUCGAGAAGUAUGAGACGGAUGCCCAGGAGAUAGCCUCGGUGGUGAGUGCUCGGGAGAUCCAGGCCGUGGCGGAGCUGCUGCAGAUCUCUCCUGAGGGCCUGCAGAAAGCCAUCACCUUCAAAGUGACCGAGACCAUGCGAGAGAAGAUCUUCACACCUCUCACUGUGGAGAGUGCUGUGGAUGCCAGGGAUGCCAUCGCCAAGGUCUUGUACGCGUUGCUGUUCAGCUGGCUCAUCACCAGGGUCAACGCGCUGGUGUCCCCACAACAGGACACACUGUCCAUUGCCAUCCUGGAUAUCUAUGGCUUUGAGGACCUGAGCUUCAACAGCUUUGAACAGCUAUGUAUUAACUAUGCCAACGAGAACCUUCAGUACCUUUUUAACAAGAUCAUCUUCCAGGAGGAGCAGGAGGAGUACAUCCGGGAGCAGAUCGACUGGCGGGAGAUCUCCUUUGCUGACAACCAGCCAUGCAUCAACCUCAUCUCACUGAAGCCCUAUGGCAUCCUGCGCAUCCUCGAUGACCAGUGCUGCUUCCCACAGGCCACAGAUCACACAUUCCUGCAGAAGUGCCACUACCACCACGGCGCCAAUUCACUGUACUCCAAGCCCAAGAUGCCCCUGCCCGAGUUCACCAUCAAGCACUACGCCGGCAAGGUCACCUACCAGGUGCACAAGUUCCUGGACAAGAACCAUGACCAGGUGCGCCAAGACGUGCUGGACCUGUUUGUGCGAAGUCGUACUCGGAUUGUGGCCCACCUCUUCUCCAGCCAUGCUACACAGGUUGCCCCUCAGCGCCUGGGCAAGAGCAGCUCUGUUACCCGACUCUACAAGGCGCACACAGUGGCUGCCAAGUUCCAGCAGUCACUCCUGGAUCUGGUGGAAAAGAUGGAGAGGUGCAACCCCUUGUUUGUGCGUUGUCUGAAGCCCAACCACAAGAAGGAGCCCGGUCUCUUUGAACCAGAUGUAGUGAUGGCACAGUUACGCUACUCAGGGGUACUAGAGACUGUACGGAUCCGCAAGGAGGGCUUUCCAGUGCGGCUGCCUUUCCAGGUGUUCGUUGACAGGUUCCGCUGUCUGGUCGCCCUGAAACACGAUCUGCCCGCUACUGGAGACAUGUGUGUGUCGGUGUUGAGCCGCCUGUGUACAGUCAUGCCAAACAUGUACCGCGUUGGGGUCAGCAAGCUGUUUCUUAAGGAGCACCUGCACCAGCUGCUGGAGAGCAUGCGCGAGCACGUACUGAACCAGGCAGCCCUCACCCUGCAACGCUACCUGCGUGGCUUCUUCAUUCAGCGCAGGUUCCGCUCCCUGCGCCGCAAGAUCAUCUUGCUUCAAAGUCGGGCCCGAGGCUACCUGGCCAGACAACGCUACCAGCAGAUGAGGAGGAAUCUGGUGAAGUUCCGCUCCCUGGUACACACCUACGUGAACCGCCGUCGCCAUCUGAAGCUGAGGGCAGAGCGGAGGCGCCGGGUGGAGGAGGCACGGCUGCGGGAGCAGGAGGAGCUGAGCAAGCGGGAGGUGGUGGCUGUGGGACACCUGGAAGUGCCUGCUGAGCUGGCCGGGCUCUUGCAAGCAAUAACAGGCCUCAGGUUGACCAGCGCACCACGAGUGGCCCCCGUACGGACUCCCCGGCUCCAGGUUGAGCCUCGUGUCACACUGCCCCUUGAUAUCAACAACUACCCCAUGGCCAAGUUUGUCCGGUGCCACUUCAAGGAGCCUGCCUUUGGGAUGCUGACUGUGCCCUUGAAGACAUCCCUCACACGACUGCCAGCUGAGCAUCAUGCAGAGGCUGUGAGCAUCUUCAAGCUGAUCUUGCGUUUCAUGGGUGACCCCCACCUGCAUGGCGACCGGGAGACUGUCCUUGGGAACUACAUCGUGCAGAAGGGAUUGGUGUCACCUGAGCUGCGAGAUGAGAUCCUGGCCCAGCUGGCCAACCAAGUGUGGCGCAACCACAAUGCCCACAAUGCUGAGCGGGGCUGGCUGCUGCUGGCCGCCUGCCUCAGUGGCUUCACACCUUCCUCACGCCUGGACAAGUUCCUCCUCAAGUUUGUGUCUGAUUACGGACGGAAUGGCUUUCAGGCUGUGUGUCAGCACCGCCUCAUGCAUGCCAUGGGCUGGGCCCAGCAGCAGGGCUCAGGGGCUGCCCGCACCUUCCCCCCAACCCAGCUUGAGUGGAUCACUAUCCAUGAAAAGGCCAGCAUGGCACUGGACGUGAGCUGCUUCAAUGGUGACCACAUUUCCUGCCCAGUGCACUCCUGGAGUACAGGGGAAGAGGUGGCUGGAGACAUUCUGAGACACAGGGGGCUGGCUGAUGGCUGGCGGGGCUGGACAGUAGCCAUGAAGAAUGGACUGCAGUGGACAGAGCUGGCUGGCCAUGACUAUGUGCUCGACCUAGUGUCGGACCUGGAGCUACUCAGGGACUUCCCGAGACAGAAGUCUUACUUCAUUGUGGGCACAGAAGGGCCUGUGGCCAGCAGGGGAGACCCCAGAGUGGUGUUUGGGAGCUGGGACUCUGAUGAAGACACACCUGUUAGGCCCCAGCCCCAGAGUCAUGCGCACCGAGCACCUGACUCCGAUGGGUACUGCAGCCACAAUGAAGCCAGUGCCGACGGAGAGACUGAGGCCCCGAGAGGGGCAGCAACCCACCAAGACAUGGACAGCCUUGGAGAGCCCAUUGUGCCCCCCAGGGGGCUGGACUGCUACCUGGACAGCCUCUUCGACCCCGUGCUGUCCUGCGGGGAUACGGAACUGGAGAAGCCAACAGCCAUCGCUUACCGCAUGAAAGGUGGAGGCCAGCCUAGCGGAGGCAGCAGCAGCAGUACUGAGGACACCCUCAAGAGACCCCCAGAGCCAAAGCCAAAGCCAAUCCCAGGUCUGGAUGCCUCUACGCUGGCUCUGCAGCAAGCCUACAUCCACAAACAAGCCGUGCUACUGGCCCGAGAGAUGACGCUGCAGGCCAUGGCGCUCCAGCAGCAGCCCCUGAGUCCUGCCCCAAGACCCUUGCCCCCAGAGAAGCCCUUAGCUCCAGAGGCCCGGCCGAAGUUUGUAGGUACCGGCCCCCCAGCCAAGCCUGUCCUCCUGCGCCCCUCUCCACAGCCCUUGGCCUCAGUCCCUCCAGCCAAGGCCCCAAGGUCCCCCACCAAACCUGUGGCUGUCCCCAUUCUAGCUCAAGACCAGGCCUCUCCAGAAAACAGUUCCUCAGAGCUGGUCCGAUACUCUACGCUCAACUCUGAGCAUUUCCCGCAACCCACACAGCAGAUCAGGAAUAUCGUCAGGCAGUACCAGCAGCCCCCCCGGGGAGGCCGUCCCGAGGCCCUCAGGAAGGAUGGUGGGAAGAUGUUCAUGAAGCGACCAGACCCCCAUGAGGAGGCACUGAUGAUCCUAAAGGGGCAGAUGACUCACUUGGCUGCAGCACCUGGCACUCAGGUAUCCAGAGAGGCGGUGGCCCUAGUGAAGCCAGUAACCAGCGUCCCAAGGCCAUCCAUGGGGCCCACUCCAGUGCUGCCUUGUCGGUCACUGGAGCCCCCAGAGGAACCUGUGCAGACACAGCUGCACCGUCCCUUCAACCCCAACUUCUAUGGCUAUCAGGACGCCCCCUGGCGGAUCUUCCUGCGUAAAGAGGUGUUUUACCCUAAGGACAGCUACAGCCACCCUGUGCAGCUUGACCUCCUGUUCCGGCAGAUACUACACGACACACUGUCUGAGGCCUGCCUCCGUAUUUCUGAAGAUGAGAGGCUCAGGAUGAAGGCAUUCUUUGCCCAGAAUCAGAUGGACACACAGCGGCCUCUGGUAACAGAGAGUGUGAAGCGGGCUGUUGUCAGCAUUGCCCGAGACAGUUGGGAAGUGUACUUCUCCCGACUCUUCCCUGCUACGGGUAGUGUGGGCACUGGUGUGCAGAUCCUGGCUGUGUCCCACACGGGCAUCAAACUCCUGCGAAUGAUCAAGGGCAGCCGGGAAGCCAGCGGGGAGCUGCGAGUUCUACGUGCGUACAGCUUUGCAGAUAUCCUGUUUGUGACCAUGCCCUCGCAGAACAUGCUAGAGUUCAACCUGGCCAGUGAGAAGGUCAUCCUCUUCUCAGCUCGAGCUCACCAGGUCAAGACGCUGGUGGAUGACUUCAUUCUGGAGCUGAAGAAGGAUUCUGACUAUGUGGUUGCUGUGAGGAACUUCCUGCCUGAGGACUCAGCAUUGUUGGCCUUCCACAAGGGUGACAUUAUCCAUCUGCAACCCCUGGAGCCACCUUGUGUGGGCUACAGUGCCGGCUGUGUGGUCCGAAAAAAGGUGGUGUACCUGGAAGAGCUCCGGCGCAGAGGCCCCGACUUUGGCUGGAGGUUUGGGACCAUCCACGGGCGCGUGGGCCGCUUUCCUUCUGAGCUGGUGCAGCCUGCCGCCGCCCCUGAUUUCCUGCAGCUGCCAGCUGAGCCGGGCAGGGGCCGGGCUGCCGCGGUGGCCGCUGCUGUGGCUUCUACAGUUGCAGCCCGAGAGGUGGGCCGCAGGAGAGAGGGUCCCCUAAUCAGGGCACGCUCCGCAGACCGUGGGGAGGACCCCUUGGCUCCCCCACCAUAUACAAUGCUCGAGUUUGCACAGAAGUAUUUCCGAGACCCUCAGAGGCGACCUCAGGAUGGCCUCAGGCUGAAAUCCAAGGAAGACCGGGAGUCCAGAACCCUGGAGGACAUGCUUUGCUUCACCAAGACACCACUCCAGGAAUCACUUAUUGAAUUCAGUGACAGCAGCCUCAACAAAAUGGCCACUGACAUGUUCCUAGCUGUCAUGAGGUUCAUGGGAGAUGCUCCGCUGAAGGGCCAGACUGAACUGGAUGUGCUCUGUACCCUCCUGAAGUUUUGUGAGGACCAUGAAGUCAUGCGAGAUGAGUGUUACUGCCAAAUUGUGAAGCAGAUCACUGACAACAACAGUUCCAAGCAGGAUAGCUGCCAGCGAGGCUGGAGGCUGCUAUACAUUGUGGCCGCUUACUACAGCUGCUCUGAAGUCUUCUACCCUCACCUCAUCCGCUUCCUCCAACAUGUGAGCUGGACCCCAGGCCUGCCUUUCCAGGGGAUCGCUAAAGCCUGUGAGCAGAACCUUCAGAAGACCUUGCGCUUCGGGGGUCGCCUGGAGCUCCCAAGCAGCAUGGAGCUUCGGGCUAUGUUGGCAGGCCGCAGUUCCAAGAGGCAGCUCUUUCUUCUUCCUGGAGGUCUAGAACGCCAUCUGAAAAUCAAAACGUGCACUGUGGCCCUGGAUGUGGUGGAGGAGAUCUGUUCUGAGAUGGCGUUGACACGUCCUGAAGCCUUUGAUGAAUAUGUAAUCUUCCUUGUCACCAAUCAAGGCCAGCAUGUGUGCCCACUCAGCCGCCAGGCCUACAUUCUGGACGUGGCCUCAGAGAUGGAAAAGGUGGAUGGCGGCUACAUGCUCUGGUUCCGGCGAGUGCUCUGGGAUCAGCCACUCAAGUUUGAGAAUGAGCUGUAUGUGACCAUGCACUACAACCAGGUCCUGCCUGACUACCUGAAAGGCCUGUUUAGCAGUGUGCCAGCCAGCCGGCCCAGCGAGCAGCAGCUACAGCAGGUGUCCAAGCUGGCUUCACUGCAGCACCGCGCCAAGGAUCACUUCUACCUGCCCAGUGUGCGGGAGGUCCAAGAAUAUAUCCCAGCGCAACUCUAUCAUACGACGGCUGGCGCAGCCUGGCUUAACCUGGUCAGCCAGCACCGGCAGCAGGCACAGGCGCUCAGUCCCCAUCAGGCCCGUGCCCAGUUCUUGGGGCUCCUCAGUGCCUUUCCUAUGUUCGGCUCUUCCUUCUUCUUUGUCCAGAGCUGCAGCAACAUCACUGUGCCAGCCCCCUGCAUUCUCGCCGUCAACCACAAUGGCCUCAACUUUCUCAGCACUGAGACUCAUGAGCUGAUGGUAAAUUUCCCCUUGAAGGAGAUACAGUCUACAAGGACCCAGAGGCCCACAGCCAACUCUAGCUACCCUUAUGUAGAGAUUGCGCUGGGCGAUGUGGCGACCCAGCGUACUAUGCAGCUGCAGCUGGAGCAGGGUCUGGAGCUGUGUCGAGUGGUGGCUGUGCAUGUGGAGAACCUGCUCAGUGCCCGGGAGAAGAGGCUCACGCUGCCCCCCAGUGAGAUCACCCUGCUCUAAGGCUGCUGCCAGCCCUGUGGUGCUGCCC